UGCGCAUGUUCACACUUGUCUAUGCUGUCUGCAAAACAUGGCACUGCACGAGAGAAUUUUGAGAUUCAGUUUGGCUGUGAAUCGUAAUUUACUGAAAACAACUGUUGUCUGCAACAAGCGGAACUUGUCGGAAAAGGCGUCUUCCAGUCCGAAAGCAACAUUCCCUGCCGAAACAAUCGAUCAUGUUCUGUACACACAGGAACAUUUUGCAUUAAAGGCAUCUUUGAGAAAGAUCAUUGAUCAAGAGAUCAACCCUUACGUAGAUGAAUGGGAACAAGAAGGGCAAUUUCCUGCUCAUAAGAUCUUCAAGAUCCUGGGUAAUGCAGGAUUUCUGGGAGUCAACAAGCCCAUGGAGUAUGGAGGUUUGGGGCUAGACUUCAGCUACAGUGUGGCCGUUGCUGAAGAACUGGGGAACAUCAACUGUGGUGGAAUUCCCAUGGCCAUUGGAGUUCAGAGUGACAUGGCAACGCCUGCACUCGCAAGGUUUGGCUCUGCAGAACUCAAGAGCGAGUUCCUGCUGCCCACCAUAAUGGGAGACAAAGUGGCCUGCCUAGGGGUGAGCGAAAUUGGAGCUGGCUCUGAUGUUGCUAGCAUAAAGACAAAAGCUGUGCACAAAGGAGAUGAAUAUCUCAUUAAUGGUGGAAAGAUGUGGACCACAAACGGCACCCAAGCUGACUGGAUGUGCCUCCUGGCCAACACCAGCGAUGACCCUCCACACAAGAACAAAUCCCUAAUCUGCUUACCCAUGAAUCUACCUGGCAUUCAUAUUGCACGCAAGAUAGAUAAAAUGGGGAUGCGCUCCUCGGAUACAGCAGAGGUGUUUUUUGAUGAUGUGCGGGUGCCCUGUAAGAAUGUCAUAGGGCAGGAGGGAAUGGGCUUCACCUAUCAGAUGCUGCAAUUCCAAGAGGAGAGACUCUGGGGAGUGGCCAACAUCCUAACGAUGAUGGAGAAAGUUGUCCAAGAGACCAUUAAUUACACCAGACAGAGGAAGAUCUUCAAUCAGCCAAUUCUGUACAACCAGGUAGUUCACUUCAGGCUAGCAGAGCUCGAGACAGAGAUUGAGCUGUUGCGCUCCCUUCUGCAUCGCGCCACCGCGCUGUACAUUAAAGGAAAUGAUGUAACUAAGUUGGCAUCGAUGGCUAAGCUGAAGGCCGGACGACUGGCUCGAGAGCUUGGCGACAGCUGCCUGCAGUACUGGGGUGGCAUGGGCUUUACCAGCGAUGUCCUAGUCAGCAGGUUCUAUAGGGACUCGAGAUUGAUGUCCAUUGGUGCAGGAGCUGAUGAGGUCAUGCUGUCAAUCAUAUGCAAGUACAUGGACACUCUACCAAGGAAAUGACUUCACCAUUAAUUAUUAUCAGAAUGAAUUAAUUUUGAAAAAUUAAGUGCACUUAAAAGGAACUCUAAAAUUAAAUGUUUCAAGAAAGUAUCAGUUCUAAAAGCAUUUCUAACCGUUUUAGAUGGCGAUAUCUAUAACUGUCAGCCAAUACAUUCUUAUUGUAGUCCUCUUCAUAACGAUGCAUCUUGUUGCCUUAAUGGAGACUUAGUUGAUUACCUGCUUUUGGAAAAGUUUGUGUAAAUUGUAAAAUAGAAAUAUGUAAAUUCUGAAUAUAGCUGUAAAUGUAUAAUUUUGUUAAUAUGCAUGAAAAACAUUAAACAGAUUUCAUCAUUCUCAAAUGUUAGUUACUCAUGCAAACCACAAAUGGAAAACAGGGCUCAUGCUUUUUGUAACUGUUUAUGUCAAUAUUCUCUCAACUGACAUAUAUUUACAAAUUAGUCUCUAUAAAAUGAAACCAUGCAUCAUGUUUACCACAGAAAGCAAAAGGGUUAGAAAAAAUACUUGUAAAAUGUAAUUCAUAUGUAUAUUUAUAGAUUUCUGGUGUGAUUUCAGAGUAUUGUAGAAAAUAUGAAUUGCACAUAAGAUCACAUAUCUCCUCAUGUAUUUCCUCAAAAAGAGCACAAGUUUUGACCAACUUUCUCGGGAUGCAAAUUUUGUGUAGACGGUACAGAAAUAAUAAACUUUGCAAUAUCACAGGGGUUGAUUAGGUCUGUGUUGGGUGGCUUCUACCAUGUCCAACUUCAUUUAAAAUGAAAAGAGUUUCAGAGUGCUGCUGUGAUCAUAAUGGUUGACAUAGCAUUUUAAUUUAUUAAAACUGGAUGCACACAAACUUAUAGGCGAGUAACCCCAUUAAACACAGGCCAUUAUAACUGAAUAAAAUGAGAAGGGAUGCAUAAUUUUAAUUGAUAUAAUAUUUUCUUGAUCCACAUUCGACAAGUUACCCUUGUAUAAUCCUUAAAAUUAUACAAGGGUCACUUUUGGUGAUUUAGAACAGAUUUAUUCCUCAUUGCACAUUGUCUCUCAAUGGUUCUGUCUAUUGUCCAAUGGAAAGCAUCCUCACACUCCUGAAUUACCUCAGUCAUCAUCACUGCAAAGUUUCCCAUCCUCUAGACCAAAUGAGCAUGAGACGUAAGGAAGAAAUAUUCUCAAGAGUCCUGGAUCUCAUCAGUCCUGCGAUCACCUCAGAUUGAUCACCCAGUACAGGACAACAAAAACAAACAGGACAAAAAGCAAUACACCUUGGUUUGGCUUCCCCUGGCAAGGAGCUUCAAUCUACCCAUGGUGACACAAACAUGAGAUGUUUAAGCUAUUCGGGUCAAUGUUUUAAUUUGAAUUUUU